AUGAGGACUCACCUGCUUUGGUUGUUGCCCCUGAUUCUGCUCAGCUCCUCAGUGCAGGCGCUGAAGUGUCAUGAGUGCAGUGCCACAGGGGACUGCUUCCAGCCUACAUCUUGCAGCGACAUGACCCGCUACUGCUUAACUUCCUGGUACACACCCCCAGGCCAGCAAACAACUGUGACAAAAACAUGCGCAUUUACCUGUCCUGAUGUCCAUCAGAGCAUGAAUAACUCCAAGGACUCCUGCUGCAACACGGACCUCUGCAACAGUACCAUGAGCCUCCAUGCCAGCUGGGCACUACUGACCCUCAGCAUCUGCUUUCUGUAUCUCAGGGGAUAG